GAGAACAUGGCAAAUUCCACCUUCUAUCCCACCGACUUCAUACUGGUUGGUAUUCCAGGACUAGAACAUGAACAUAUCUGGAUCUCAAUCCCAUUCUGUAUCAUGUAUGUAUUGGCUUUGCUGGGGAACAUCAUGGUGAUAAUUGUCAUCCUCAUGUCUCCAAGACUCCACCAGCCUAUGUUUAUAUUCCUCUCUAUGUUGGCAUUCAAUGACUGUCUUCUUUCUACAAGCAUUUCCCCCAAAAUCUUGUCCAUCUUCUGGUUCAAUGACAGAGCCAUUAGCUUUAAUGGGUGUCUUCUCCAGAUGUUCUUCAUUCACAGCUUCACCGGUAUUGAAUCUGGGUUCUUGCUUUCCAUGGCGUAUGACCGCUACAUUGCUAUAUAUAAGCCUCUCCGGUAUAACUCCAUAAUAACCACUAGACUGAUAACCAGACUGGUCAUUGUGUUUAUGGUCCGGGCAGUUGUUCUGGACGGCCCUUGUAUUGUUUUGAUCAGGAGGUUUCCUGCUUUCAAGACCAACAUCAUUGCACAUUCCUACUGUGAGCACAUGGCGGUGGUGAAGCUCGCAGCUGCUGACAUCCGAGUGAACAGUAUACUUGGCCUAUUUGUGGCUUUCACCACCCUUGGUUUUGAUUUGCUUUUCAUCCUCCUAUCGUAUACCAUGAUUUUCAAUGCCGUCUUCCGUCUUCCAUCUAAAGACGCUCGUCUGAAAGCAUUUAACACGUGUACCCCUCAUAUGUGCGUGUUCCUCAGCUUUUACAGUAUUGCCAUAUUCUCUUUCUUAUCCCACCGAUAUGGCAAGAAGAUUCCUCCUUAUGUCCAUAUUAUCUUCUCUGACAGCUAUCUCUUGGUUCCACCCAUGCUUAACCCACUUAUCUAUGGAAUUAAGACAACCCUGAUCCGUGAGGAGACCUGGAAAAUCCUAAAAGAAAAAUUUGAAAAAAAUGUAAGAAUUUUGAAUGGUGCUGAGAAGAGAACCUGCCAUAAGAUCUCAGGAAUUAGGAAAUUAAACAGUACAGUGUCCCAUUGA